GACGGAGAGGACGACACUGGCUACCACUGGAGGCCGAAAACUCCAGAAGCUAGUGUCACAAACAGCGAGGGGGCUUAAAGAAAGAGAAGGAGCCACUUACGACGACUCUCUCCCGCCCUGUUCCCCCUAACCCGGAAGUAAUUCUCCCCUAUUUCCGUUCCCGCCUACGGUUAAGACGGGAGGAGAAGGACGGUAGGGUCUGGCCCGGCAUGCCCUGGGCUUCCGGUGACCUCUGGCCCUUUUCUGUCGUCCGCUCUUGCUUCCCAGCGUGCUCGCUCGCUCGCUCAUUGCCUCCCUUCCCUCCUUCUGGUCUUCCUUCGCACGCUAUCUGGUGACUGAGGCGCCCGCGACCAGCAGUGAGGCGGUGGCGGAGGACACUCAGUCAUGGCCGCCUCUAAGCCUGUGGAGGCGGCGGUGGUCGCAGCCGCUGCGCCUAGCUCCGGGAGUGGGGUGGGCGGCGGCGGUGCGACUGCAGGCCCCGGCACUGGGGGCCUGCCGCGAUGGCAGCUGGCGCUGGCAGUCGGGGCUCCCCUGCUGCUAGGUGCAGGUGCCAUGUACCUGUGGAGCAGGCAGCGGCGGCGCCGGGAGGCUGGGGGCCGAGGAGACGCCGGCGGUUUAAAGCGCAACAGCGAGCGGAAGACCCCGGAGGGAAGGGCCAGUCCGGCCCCGGGCAGCGGACAUCCCGACGGCUCCGGUGCUCACCUGGAAAUGAACUCUCUUGAUAGAGCGCAAGCAGCCAAGAACAAAGGCAACAAAUAUUUUAAAGCAGGAAAAUAUGAACAAGCUAUUCAGUGCUAUACUGAGGCGAUCAGUUUGUGCCCUAUAGAGAAGAAUGCUGACCUUUCCACAUUUUAUCAAAACAGAGCUGCUGCCUUUGAACAGUUGCAAAAAUGGAAAGAGGUGGCACAAGAUUGUACAAAGGCUGUUGAACUUAAUCCCAAAUAUGUGAAAGCUCUCUUUAGACGUGCAAAAGCCCACGAGAAGCUAGACAAUAAGAAGGAAUGUUUAGAAGAUGUCACUGCUGUGUGUAUACUAGAAGGGUUCCAAAAUCAACAAAGCAUGCUGUUAGCUGAUAAAGUUCUUAAACUUCUUGGAAAAGAGAAAGCCAAAGAAAAAUAUAAGAAUCGUGAACCUCUGAUGCCAUCUCCACAGUUUAUCAAAUCUUACUUCAGUUCUUUCACGGAUGAUAUAAUUUCUCAGCCCAUGCUUAAAGGAGAGAAGUCUGAUGAAGAUAAAGACAAGGAAGGAGAGGCCUCAGAAGUUAAAGAAAAUUCUGGAUAUCUAAGGGCCAAACAGUAUAUGGAAGAAGAAAACUACGAUAAAAUCAUAAGUGAAUGCUCAAAAGAAAUAGAUGCUCAAGGCAAAUACAUGGCAGAAGCAUUAUUACUACGAGCCACCUUCUACCUGCUUAUUGGCAAUGCCAAUGCGGCCAAACCAGAUUUAGAUAAGGUCAUCAGUUUGAAAGAAGCUAAUGUGAAGCUUCGCGCAAAUGCUCUCAUCAAAAGAGGCAGCAUGUACAUGCAACAGCAGCAGCCUUUGCUGUCUACUCAGGAUUUUAACAUGGCUGCUGACAUUGAUCCUCAGAAUGCAGACGUUUAUCACCACCGAGGACAGCUGAAAAUACUGCUUGAUCAAGUUGAGGAAGCAGUGGCAGAUUUCGAUGAAUGUAUUAGAUUAAGACCUGAGUCAGCCCUGGCACAAGCUCAGAAAUGUUUUGCGUUGUAUCGCCAGGCAUAUACAGGAAACAAUUCUUCACAAAUCCAAGCAGCUAUGAAAGGUUUUGAAGAGGUUAUAAAGAAAUUCCCAAGGUGUGCUGAAGGCUAUGCACUGUAUGCUCAGGCAUUAACAGAUCAACAACAGUUUGGUAAAGCUGAUGAUAUGUAUGAUAAAUGUAUUGAUUUGGAACCAGAUAAUGCCACAACAUAUGUUCAUAAAGGUUUACUUCAGCUUCAGUGGAAGCAAGAUCUGGAUAGAGGUUUGGAGCUCAUCAGCAAGGCUAUUGAAAUUGACAAUAAAUGUGAUUUUGCAUAUGAAACCAUGGGAACUAUUGAAGUGCAAAGAGGAAACAUGGAGAAAGCCAUUGACAUGUUCAACAAAGCUAUUAACCUGGCCAAAUCGGAGAUGGAGAUGGCUCAUCUGUACUCACUGUGUGAUGCUGCUCAUGCCCAGACAGAAGUUGCAAAGAAAUACGGAUUAAAACCACCAACAUUAUAAAAUAGGGGGAAAGAGAAUGACCCUCUUUUUAGAAGUUUACUCCCUUUUCAACUGAACCCUAAAGACACUGUCAUGAACUGUGUUGAAUGGUGGAACUUAGUAUUUCUGUUUGUGCUGUUGUCAUUCAUUACAGGUUUCAUGUCUAGGUGUUGUGGGAGUGGCUGUUGAAGGAAGUUUGCAGUGUUGCAGCUUUUAUUCCCUGUGCAACAAAAGCUUAGAACCUGUUAAAGGGAUAUGAAAGCUGCAAAGAGUACAGAUGAUAAUUAGCCAUGCAAAUAAAAACUUCGAUUUGUUGAUUUGGCUUUUUUUUUUUUUUUUUUGAGGCGGGGGAUGGGGGGCGAUGGUUAUGUUCUGGAUGAUUUUUGUGUGUGUGUGUGUGUGUGUGUGUGCGCGCGCGUGUGCACGCGCGUAAUAUAUUUUACAGCAUGUUGGUUUUUAAAUUCAUAUAGUAAGUGCUGUAAAACAAGUUUCUUUGAUUCAGUUAAUCCCUUUAGUUUUUUAUUUAAGGAAACAAAGCUUAAAUGGGGAUUUUGUUUUGAAGGCAGCAAAACUGAGACCCUUUAAACCACUGUCAGCAUGCACAAUGCCUCUGAUUCUGCAGAAUUGUUAGAUUCAGUGGCAACUUAAGCCUUUUGACCCCAUUCAACUCCAAUGGAUAAUGUACAUUGUUCCUAAAGUCUAUAGCAACUGGCUUUCAUACAGUAAAUCACACAGAACCAAACAUUCUGGUAUAUAUGCUGGAAGACUGAAAAUUAAUGAGUGAGUGAACCAGGCAAGAGGUAAGAUGAAAUUGAAAUGGGUUUUAAUUGCCUGUGGCUAUUUUUUAUAUUAGGCACACUAUUUAAUAGUGUACUUUUGAAAGAAAAUUCAGGUUGGUUGUGUGUAUAAAGAUGAAGUGUAAUACAUGGGAGUGUUUAGCUUAAAAUUUGUAGUGCAGAAAUGUGGCUAAAGGUUCAAAAAGGAUAUGUUUUGGAGACAGAAGCAUAGUAUUUCCUAAGGUGGUAAGUUUAGUGUUUUAACUAUGGCUAUGUGUGCUUAAAGAAUUUUAAGCCAGUAUUUUCAGAAGUGCUGAAGAAAUGUGGAAUGCUUUUUAGUUUGGAGCUAACCUUGCUCUCUAGUGCCUGACUGCCCAUGCCUAGAUCUUUACUAGGGACACUGACAGUUUUAUCUUUACUUCACCUUCUUACUGAAAAAAAAAAAAAAAAAUUGUUUUUGUUUUCCAAUUGUCACUUUUCUAGACCAUCCUUUUGUUUAUAUGCUGGAUUUUUCUGGUGGGAGAGAGGUUGUGUUCUUAAAGUGUCUUGUUUUGAGAUAUUUGGAGUUGGGAGAGGUUUAUUUAAGUCUGAGUAUAAUAAAAAAGCAAGCAAGCCUUUGGUUACACUCUGGAAAUGAAUUCUAAUUAGUUUACAUUUUUUGGGAGUAAAGGAGCAUUGUAUCCCUCUGUAAGAGGGUGCUUUAUCCUAAUGAAGUCAAAAAGAUUCUGUCUACAAGUGCUACUUUUUUAGAAACUAUGAGAAAUGACCCCUUCCAAAGUCAGUCUGGAAGACACUGAGGAGGCCUCUAGUGGGGACAGUUUAACAUAACUGAAGAUGGCCUGGAUAAUGGAAAGUUUGAGAGCUGUGCAUUUCAGUUCUUAAAGUAUGUACCAAUUAUCAUGAUCCCUGAAUACAGAAAUGUUCUACAUAUCUGAAUAACCUCGGACUUAAAGUUUUUAUUUGCAUGGCUAUAUUUAUAUUAACACUGGUAUUUUCUUCUACUCUUCUCCCUUCCUACCCUUUGGGGUUGGGUAGAAAAAGACACGAAGGAAACUGAAGCAUGUGCCAUUCAAUACUAUCAUUCCAAAUCCUCAUGGACUAUUGCUUGUUCUGAAAAAUUUGAAACUGCACUGAAAGCUGCAUUUGUCUGUAUCUUUUCUUUUGUAAAUGACCUCACAUGUAAAUUCACCAAAUAAAUAUUACAUUCAAGCUUUU